UUUAAGCAUGCGCAGUCCAGUUUUCCGGACCAUGUUCUAUGGAAGUUUACCAGAAAAGUGUGUUGGCGCCAUUGAUGUUCCCGAUGUUCAUCCGGACGCCUUCGCAAAUAUGCUCAGUUGCAGCUGCUUGUACGCUGACCGCGUUGACCUCAACCACGAAAACGUUUUCCCAACGCUGUACUGUGCGGACAGGUACGACGUGCCGUUGUUGACCGAUCUCUGCUCGCGGUUCAUCUUGAGCGACCUUAAUGCGGGCAGUUGCCUGAUGUAUCUGGACAAUGCUGUUAAAUGGCAUGCAAAUGAUCUCGUGGAUCCUUGCUUGAGAGUGGUGGACGCAUAUUGUGAAAAUGUUCUGCGCUUCAAGGGGCUUAACCAGAUCGACAGGGGAACGUUGGAGAUGAUUCUGCGACGCAGCACACUUCGGGCAUCGGAAAACGCAGUCUACACUGCAGUAGAAAAGUGGGCAACAGCGGCCUGUGCCCGUAAUGACGAAGAACCGACGGCGCAUCCUGGCCGAUCUGCUGCUCCUCGUACGAUUUCCGUUAAUGAGCGAUACCGAGCUGCUAGAUGGACCCGCCACGAGUGGGCUGCUACUGGAGGCGGAAUUGUUGGACAUUUACCGGUACAAACAUGCCACUAUGCGGCCGGAAAUUCCGUUUUUAUCGCAGCCAAGAAGCGAUUUGCCGCCGCAUUCUCCGGAUAGAGAUUUCGAGCCGGAGACGGAGUUCCGAUUUCGCUUAAAGAAGAUCAUCAGGCCAUUCAUCAUGUUGGCCAACAAAUUACCAAAGCGCUCGCGGUUGGUGCAACAAUUGCCAGCGCGUCGCUUGCCGAAAUCUAAUAUGAUUUCGUUGCGUCGUGGACAAGACGGUCGUUUUGGGCUUACUCUUGUUGGAGGCUUAGGUUCGCCGAAUGGGAAUUUGCCGAUUUCGGUGGAAGUGAUCGUAGACGGCGGAAGCGCUCGGAUUGAUGGUCGAUUGCAGCCAGGCGAUCGGAUUGUGGCGGUGAACGGUGAGAGUCUAGAAGCGGUCACUCGAGAGCAGGCCAGGAGCAUUCUGCGCAACGCCGGAAACAACGUAACCCUGGAUGUGAUUCGCUGAAUACUGCCUGUACACACUGUGCAUUGCACUGUCUAAACUCGGCUUCGUGGACGUGUGAUCAGCUAGCGAUUGCAAUUUAGUUUUGUAAUAGCUUAAUGCAGUGUGCGUACUAUAAUGUCUUACGAAAAAUGAUUUACCCGGUGAAUGGCAAGAAUAGUGGGGUACUCGUACAUUUUUACAUUCGGUAGCGCAUCGUGCAUUACUUUAUCCUUUCCUUCCGCGUGAAAAAUAGUUUUUCGUCCUGAUAUCGUGUUUAGCUUAAUUACACUCUUGAAUAAUAUGAUCUUGUCUGUUUUCCAUUUCAUA